AUGGCCGCGCCGCCCACGCCAGGCAGUCCCACUCAUAUCCUCCCAACAAUGGCCGACAUCAUGGCGGCGUCGCGCGCGCAGGGCCUGCACGUCAGCGUGCGCACGCUCGGCCCCUUCUUCCGUGUCACGGCGACCCGCGCCGGGCCCGAGAAGGAGGCGGCGGCGGCGGCGGGCAUGGAGCUGGGCCGCGCCGAGGGCGCCGUCCUGCCUUGGCCCGGGGGCUCCCUGCUGCACCUGGACUCCAUGCGCAUGUCGCGCGCCACGCUCUCGGUCCCCGACCGCCCGCUCUUCGGCCUCGGCCUCUUCCUCGGCGCCGUCGCCGUGCGCCACGGCUUCGACGCCGGCUGCGUGCGCGCCGAGCUGCUCGCAAUCAACGAUUCGCCGCUCUACCACGCCAAGCUUGUUAAGUUCUACACAAGGAUGGGUUUCAAAGCAGUGCAUGAGGUAGAUGGAUCAUCGAUUACAGAUCUUGCUCAUAUGUUAGUGUGGGGAGGUAGAGGAACAAGAAUGGAUGCAGAUAUAGAGCAGCUCCUCACAAAGUGGAGCAAAAGAUUCAGGUCUAAAGACUGA